CUACCAGCUAAUCGCCAUUACGUCACACUUCAGCGCACUGCCUACGCCUUCAGCCCACAUCAUCAUUCCCACGGAAAAUAGAAAAAACACAUUCGCGCAAGCCGUAUUCCCCGCCUCCCAACAUACGUCUUCUUUCCCAUAGGUUGUUCCUUACUAGCCUUCAGAAUGGAGAACGCCGAUUGGCUGCUUUCUCCUGCCCUUCACAAAGUCUACCUCUGACUGGCUUCCGUAGCAGAGAGUGAGUAAGAGGCGGAUGGCUGGGACUGAUGGUUUCCAUGGCGGAAGCAGGUUAAGACAUGGAUGACUUGAACCUUCACUACCGAUUCCUGAACUGGAGGCGUCGAAUUCGUGAAAUCCGCGAGGUGCGCGCUGUACGUUACCAAGAGAGGGCCAAGCACAUUGCUGUUGACGGGGAUACUCUCAGUUACCACGGGAAUUCAGGGGAGGUUGGCUGCUACGUCGCUCCACGCCCGCUCAGCAAAGAUAACAAUUACUUUGAGGUGAAUAUUUCUAUUAACUCUGGUAUUGCCUUAAUAGACCUAAGGCUGAUCAGAGACACACAGGAUGAUCAACUCUGGUGGCCUCUUAGACUAUACAGCGGGCGGACAAAGGGGAGACAAUUUGGAACGAAGUGCAGUUCGGGUGACCGAAUCGGUUGUGGUAUUGAGCCCAGUUCCUUCCACGUACAGACUGCCCAAAUAUUCUUCACUAAAAAUGGAAAGAGGGUCGGCAGCACUGUGAUGCCUUUGUCCCCAGACGGUCUUUUCCCAGCAGUUGGGAUGCACUCCCUUGGUGAGGAAGUGCGGCUUCAUCUAAAUGCAGAGCUUGGUAGUGAGGAGGAUGACAGCAUAAUGAUGGUGGACAGCUAUGAGGAUGAAUGGGGAAGGCUACAUGAUGUGAGAGUGUCUGGCACACUACUGGAAUAUGUGGGAAAUGGUAAAAGCAUCAUAGAUGUGGGCCUGGCUCAAGCCCGUCGCCGUCUCAGCACUCGUAGCCAUUACUUUGAAGUCGAGAUAGUUGACCCUGGGGAAAAAUGUUACAUAGCACUUGGCCUGGCAAGAAAGGAUUACCCCAAAAACAGGCAUCCAGGUUGGAGCCGUGGUUCCGUUGCUUAUCAUGCAGAUGACGGAAAGAUAUUUCAUGGCAGUGGUGUAGGAGAUCCUUUUGGGCCACGUUGCUACAAGGGAGAUAUUAUGGGCUGUGGAAUCAUGUUUCCCCGGGAUUAUAUACUUGAUAGUGAAGGAGAGAGUGAUGACAGCUGUGACAUGAAGGAGCUGAGGCAGCAGCCACGAGGAAUAAGGAAUGUAAUGUAUCUGCGACGAGAACAGCAACAGGAAGAGGACUGGGAAGAAGAGGAGGAAGAAGAGGAGGAGGAUAUAGAGAGAGAGCAUGAAGGCAGAAAAGUUAUGGUUUUCUUCACAAGGAAUGGAAAAAUAAUUGGGAAAAAGGAAUCUGUGCUGCCUCAUGGUGGCUUCUACCCGACAAUAGGAAUGCUGAGCAGUGGGGAGAAAGUGAAAGUCGACCUUCAUCCCUUAAGUGGGUGAAGAUAUACUAAAGUGUAUCAGCACACUGCAUCCUUUGGCCAUGUUCCCCAUACAUCAGCUCCCUGGUCAUGCACGAUUUGCACGUGGGUUUGUGAUAGUGCUUUUUUUUCGUGUUUGGAAGCAUAUAAUUUACCCGUUCGUUUGUGAGCACGGGUCCAGUCUGGCUCCAUGCCUGUAAAUACUGGCAAAGCAGGAGACAUGGCGGAACAGGAAACAAGUGAGCAUUGAUAGUAAACUGGGUAGUUCUAGAUAUUCCUAGUCCAGUUUAUGGUGUAGUUGACUAUACUUUCCUCAUUAGAAUAGGAACCCAGACCAAUGUCACACUUUAAUAGGGUAGCAAUUUGGUUUACUCUGGGCUGCAUCAGCUACCCUGUUGUACUAAUCCUGCAGUGUAUAUAAAAUAUACAUGUGGCUGGAAUAGGCUGGAAUUUUUGCAUCUCAGUGAGUAAGCUGCAAAACAUUGAAUGGCCAGGAUUUCAGCAUUGCAUAUAAACAUUUCUCUAAAAAUGGCAGCACAAGUUGGCUGUUGUACAAUAUGCCAUCACAUGGAUAACUAGUUCUGAUUCAGUCAGUUUCAGGGCCAUAGGAACAGAAGAAAGGUUCAUCCCCUGUCACUUCUGGCUGUGCCAUUGACCUUUUAUUUGUGACUGUUAUAGACACUGACAAAUGCAACUUUUGUCUGGAUGGACCAAAUGUAAUCUGAUGUGUAUGCAGGGUGGUUUAUCGAAACUGAUUCCUGCUGGAACCUGCAAGAGGAAUAGUUAGGAAUUGAAAUAGCCAAGUUGCCCCUCCAUCAAAAUUGCCAGUUGUUUGUACAUAACUCGUUUGACCACAAAAGAAUAACUAUGAUUAUUAGUCAGAAAGCUAUGCAUGUGCCCAGGUAACUGCAAUCUGAUUUUUGCAUCUUGGUUAAUCCAAGAAACAGAGCCCCUCCCUGUUCCAUCCACAAAUUGUUAUAUCACUGCUGAGAUACGAGCAGAGCUGUUCUGCAGUAAUUCAGUAGCACUAAGCACUUCCCAUUGGUGGAAGCAUUUGUUAAUGAACCCAAAGUUGUAGUUCACCAACAGCUGAAGAGGGCCAUAGGAUAGGCACCUCCAUGUACUGUGUUGCUUAAAAACUGUGUUGCUUAAAAAUCAUGUAUUUAUCAAAGGGGCACAAUGUCUAUUUUUAUUUAACAAUACUGUUACCCCCCAAAUGUCUGUCCUGUUCACUUGAUUUGACCAAGGUUAAAUGAAUGUGUGUAGAUCUUAUGUCGGAGAUCUGGGCUAAGUUUGGCUCUCUUCUCAAGGUCUUUCCAUCACUACCUCUUUCUCCGUGCUGCUACUCUCUCCUACACUGUACUAGGAUGUUGCCUGCAGUUUGCACUGUACUGUCUGCUUUAUUACAUUGGUCACUAUGGGCACCACAUACACGGAUUGCUUUAGGAGAAUGUGUUUUGCCACCAAGUAAAAACCAAAGAUGCAGAUUCACUUCUAUUUAAUGGCUGUGAGGAUUAGUGAGGCAUUCCCUGCCCCCUGCCUUAUUAAAGUGAACAUAUAUUUUAUUGUUAUGUCAAGGAUUAAUACAUGCUUUUUAUACAAAGCAAUGUAAGCAGAUGUGUUUUAAUUGUACUUGUCAUAUAUUUUGUGUGUCCGCUGGCUGAACCACAACUCCCAGCAUCUAUUUGCUGGAGCGCUGAUGCCUGUGCAUGUUAUACAGGAACUGAGGUUUCCUUUGAAUGUAGUGUCCAAUUGUUUCCUAAAGAUGGCAGUAUCUGUAUAGGAAAGGGAACAUUCCAUUUGCAUUUGAACAGAAGUGUAUUCACAACUGACGGUUUCUAAAGUUUAAUUUGCUGUUAGGUGUAUUCAGCUUGGCAAUCAUUAAUUAUGGAAGGGCAGUACCAAAGUUUAAUUACCCCUACAACCCAUCAUACCAGUUUUGCCUAUAUACAAAGGCGUGUAAUGUAAAAAUAGUUAGUUCUACUAACCCCACAGGAAUCAAUCAACACAAUGCAUUUAGAAGUUAACAUCUGAUUGGUUACUAUUGGUACGUAAUACAUCAGAAAAUGAUACUUUUAUUUUUAUUGAAUAUGUAUUUGUAUUCUAGCUCUUUUACCAAGACCAUGGGUUCGCUUAUGCCACAUGUGGUGCCAUCCGUGGUAAGGUACCCAGGGAGCAUCCCAUUGGUCAUAUAUACAUAGCAACACAGGGACCUAAGUUUUAAUCCUACAGCUCAUACUUAUGCGUGUGUCCUAUAGAUAUGAAAAGACUUGGGUCUCCAUGUUUAAUGUCCUUGUACUGAAAUAUAAGGCCUCCAGCCCAGUAUCAGAUGGUGCCUCUUUAUUAGGCUCAGUCCAUACACAUAGCUUUUGCAUGGAACUGGCCUGAGCAUUUUUAUUUAAUUUUUAACUCAAAUUGAGCAACAAAUGCACUUUUAAACCAGCCAAUCAUCGCUGAAAAUGUUAUGGUGUUACUAAUGUUUAACAAAGUGGAUUGCUAUGAUGUGUCCUGUAUAGGAAACUUGGACUUGUACAUCCCUCUAUUGCAAUACUCCAUAGAAUUUCAGGGGAAAAACAAAUUGUUGCUCUGGCAUAAGAAGAGGAGUAAAUUGCAAACACAGGGAAAAAUGAAGUGACACAUCAUAGGUGGGAAUUAGAUUCAGUGUCACUUCAUUUUGCCCUGUGUGCGAUUAUCCUCCUAUUGGCUACAAGCACAAUACACUGUAGCACCAGCCUGGCGAGGAAGGAGGAUUCCUAUAAGGGAGGGGUGUCCAACAUUUUCUGGGUAGUGGGCCAAUGAUCUGUUAUAGCCAUAUGUUUGCUGAGGAGACUUGAGCUGUUACCAGGCUGGGCUGGGUGGAAUAAAACCAUUCUGGGCUUGCUGUUGGGCAGCUUUUAUGUAAGGGAGACUGGCAGAAUCUGUCACUAGGUAACCCAAGUUGUUCUGUUACAUGGAGAGACUUGUGAAUAUUUGUUGCCCCUGCAGAGCGCUCACAAGGCUCCUAUGAGUAGGAGAUAAUUAUGCCCAAGUUCUAAUCACAAAUGGUCAUGCACUUAGAGAGCUUAUAUAUUUAUUGUAAGUGUCCUUGUUCUGUAGAUGGUCUCUGCAAAACAAUGCUGUAGGGACAUGGCCUAGGCCCUCGGGCUGCUGGCAAGUUAUAACUUCCGAUGUAAGGGUCCCAGUGGCUGAUAGACUCCCACGUUUGUAUCUGUGCUGCUUUCCAUAGUUCAGGGAUGUACAGGCAGUGGUCCCCAAGCAAUGGCCACUACCCCUACCUUUUAACUCGAGAGGAAUUCUGUAAGAUAUAGUUCAGCAACACCUGGUGCAUUAUAGCUUGAACAUCUCUGACUAGAACAGAUUCUCUAGUGUUCCGCGCAAUCUGUUACAUGUUAUUUAUUAAACAGUUGGGAGAAGGUUCAUGGGAGCAAAUCUGAACUGAAGGCAUUUGUACGACACUAAGCUUGACAAAUCUUGUUUCCUUUCUCUCAGCCUGCUGCUUCCGCCACCCAUUUCCUUCCAUAAUCCCCCGGCCAUGUUGGCCACACACAGAUUCCAUCGAAUUGCACUAGAACAUACUCUGAUGUCUGUACAUAAUCAAUAUACCUUUAUAUACAUAUAUUAAAGUCACAGAUCUCUAUUUAA